CUCCUCCUCUCAUUGCGAUAAUCACUGCCACCACCACCUCGAUCGGAGCGUUAAGAUGGCCAUGUCCAAGUCCGACUCCUUCAAGGCUCCAGCUGGUGAUGAUAAUGCUGCAGCUGCAGGGUCUUCGUCGUCGUCGUCACCAUCACCGCUCGUGGUGUGUUUCGGCGAGUUGCUGAUCGACUUCGUGCCCCCAGUCUCCGGAGUCUCACUCGCAGAAGCGACCGGUUUUAAGAAGGCUGCCGGAGGCGCUCCGGCUAAUGUCGCUGUUGGGAUCUCUAGGCUGGGCGGAUCCGCAGCUUUUAUUGGCAAGGUAGGCGAUGAUGAGUUUGGGUACCAUCUGUCCAACAUACUGAGUGAUAACGGCGUCGACAACUCUGGCAUCCGCUACGACGUUAACGCACGGACGGCGCUCGCCUUCGUUACCCUCAGGGCCGAUGGUGAGCGUGAGUUCAUGUUCUAUCGCAACCCAAGCGCUGACAUGCUUCUUACUGAAGCAGAGCUCGACGUUGGACUCAUACAAAAGUCAGCAAUUUUCCACUAUGGCUCCAUCAGUCUAAUUGAGGAGCCCUGCAGAUCAACACACAUAGCCGCAAUAAACAUAGCGAAACAAGCAGGUUGCCUUUUGUCUUACGAUCCCAACUUGAGAUUGCCGCUGUGGUCCUCACCUGAUGCUGCUCGUGACGGCAUCAUGAGCAUCUGGAACACCGCAGAUGUUAUCAAGGUAAGCGAGGAUGAGAUCUCAUUCUUGACCAAUGGUGAUGAUCCCUACGAUCAUGACGUCGUCUACAACAAGCUCUUCCGCGAAAGCAUCAAGUUACUUCUGGUAACAGAGGGGGGUGAUGGCUGCAGAUACUACACCAAGAAAUUUCACGGCAGGGUUAUGGGUGCUAGAGUCAAGGCCGUUGACACCACUGGUGCCGGUGAUGCUUUUGUUAGCGGAGUUCUCUGCAGCAUCGCUAAUGACCUGAACCUCUACCAGGAUGAGAAGAAACUGAGAGAAGCUCUUAUGUUUGCGAACGCUUGCGGUGCUAUAACUGUGACAGAGAGGGGAGCCAUCCCUGCACUUCCAACAAAAGCGGCCGUCCUCGAGUUCCUUAACACUGGGAUUGAGCAACCCCAAUGCUAUUGUACAAUCUCUUGAAAACUAGGCUGACUACGAUGCAGGUUUUUCUUUUUUUUCGUAAAAUUAAUUGAAACGAAAAAGGAGAAGUACCAUUAAAUUGAUAUUGAGGUUUGAUUAUGGAGCGGGAUAGAUGAAUCCAAAACAUACAUAUUGUUUUCAUGAGGGAUCCGGCAAGGACAUAAUUCUGUAAUAUACAUUGCGAACAAGUUCUUUCUCCUUUUUAAUGUUUCAAGUCCCUUUCUUUAAUCGGUAUUUAUAGGUUGAAUCA